AUGUCAGUGAUGGGCUCCUGUGAUCCGGGGGCUUCCAGCCUGGGCAGCCCCCCGUUAUCCACAGGCUGUUUCACCCAGGUCUACACACCAGCGGCUAUCAGCGGGCCCCCUUCCCGGAGCGAGUGUCUCUGUGACACCCCCCAAGGCCCCGAGCUCAGGACCCUCUGUUCAGCCUCGGCGGGACGGCUGCCGGCCAAGAGGAAGCUGGACCUGGAGGGCCCCGAAUUUCGCACGCCCAAGGGGAAGGGCUGGACACUGGCACAGGUCCCCAGCCCCAGGACCCCCAAGUCUCCCGGGGAGAAGACUCGCUACGACACCUCACUGGGGCUGCUCACCAAAAAAUUCAUCCGUUUGCUGAACGAGUCUCCCGAUGGUGUUGUGGAUCUGAACCGGGCUGCUGAAGUGCUGGAGGUCCAGAAACGUCGCAUCUACGACAUCACCAACGUACUGGAGGGCAUCCAGCUCAUCCGCAAGAAAUCCAAGAACCACAUCCAGUGGAUGGGGACAGGGAUCUUUGAGGAUGCAGCAAUGGUGACGAAGCAACAAGUGCUGCGUGGGGAACUGGCUGAACUGGCUAGGGCAGAGAGGAUGCUGGACCAGUUCAUGCAGGACUGUGCUCUGCAGAUCCAGCAGCUGGCUGACAAUGAGACCAACCAGAGGCUGGCAUAUGUCACCUACCAGGACCUCCGUGCCAUCAGCAGCUUCCAGGAGCAGACAGUGAUUGCCGUGAAGGCUCCUCCUGAGACACAGCUGGAGGUGCCAGACUUCAGCCAGGAGAACUUCCAGCUGCACCUGAAGAGCACCAAUGGCCCCAUCGAGGUGUACCUUUGCCCAGAGGAGAUCACGGAGGAAAGCCCCACCAAGGACCACCCUGUCCCCUCUGCUGCCACCUCCCCACAGGACCACCCCGGAGGACCCAGCUCGCUGCUGGAGAUGGAACCUGGGCUCCUGGGCUCCCCUGCCCACCUUCUGCAGCAAACAGAGGACCAGCUGCCCUGCACCCCCUCCCAUCUGGACUUGGAACCCUUUGUCACCUUCUCGCCCCCCCUGGAACAGGAUGACUAUCUCUGGGGGCUUGAGGGCGAGGGAGUCACAGACCUCUUUGAGACAUAUGACCUGGGGGACCUGCUGAAGCACUGA